GCUUGGUAAACAAAAAGCAUGUGACAACGUAUGCACGAUCGCCGUUUUUUCUGCACUUAGGUUUCCUCCUAGUUAUUCGCCUUUGUACACUUUGCAAGAUGAUCAAAGCGAUCCUAAUAUUUAAUCAGUAUGGAAAGGUUAGGCUGACUAAGUUCUACGAACGCAUCCACGAGGAGGAGCAACAGCACAUUAUACGCCAGGUUUUUCAGCUCGUUUCCAGGCGAGGUGAAGACGUUUGCAACUUCCUCGAAGGUGGAGAUCUCGUUAAAAACUCGGACUACAAGAUUAUCUACCGCCGCUAUGCUACCCUGUACAUAGUAUUCUGCGCUGAUUCCAGUGAGAGUGAGCUGGGGAUACUGGAUUUGAUUCAGGUUUUGGUAGAGCUGCUUGACAAGGCCUUCGAGAACGUCUGUGAGCUUGACCUCGUGUUUCAUGUGGACCAGGUGCAUCACAUCUUGAAUGAACUUGUGAUGGGGGGUCUGGUGGUUGACACGAACAUGACCGAACUCAUGGCGCGCAUCACCGAGCAGACAACCAUGGAGAAGCAGGAAGGUGGAAUUGCGAGGAACACCGUGAAGGCAAUUACAGCUGUCAAAAACGUCAACUUGUCACGGCACAUCAAGGAAAUCAAGCUUCCAGAUUUUUCUACCCUUGGUCAUGUAAAGCUCUAAGGAUCGCCAAUGUCUAUGCAUCAGACAUUGGUGACAUUGACUAUGCCAAUUUUUUUUCUAGAUGUUAUUUUGGUUUUCAAAAUGGCUUGCUUGUUACUAAUAUCAUUUAAGAAGCUAGAGUACAUGGUGUAUUCAUUACUCAGGACUGUUGAUAAUGAAACUUGCUACAGUGCUCAGGUGCAUAAGUGAGAUUUUGUGAGAUUUUUUUUUGGUCCAGUUAACCACCUAAAGUUCAAACAGAACUUUAUACUCAUGAUUCUUCGUUCCUGCUCUAUUGAAUGAUCAAACUUGGUGAUUGUGAACAUUACAAGAAAUAUUGAUCACAAGUACUUAACGAGGACUACUGACUUUCACAAAGACACCACUCAAACAGUCACCACAGCUGUGCUUUUAUUGUAAGAACAAGCUGCCAACAUUGGCAAUGAUUCACACAUGUAUGUUUGUUCCCAUAAAGUUUUUCUUAUUGUUACACUGAAAGAUGUGAGACAUAAAGUACUUAAUAGGGUGGCCAAGGUGGGUUGGAAAGAGUUCAGCCUUACUCAAGACACCAGAAAUAGAUAGUAGCUGGCUAUGCCCCUUAACAUAUAGGUGCCGCAGGCAGUGUCCUCAGCAAAUAAUACCGCAGGUGAGCACAUGUGAAAUUCUGGAGGUAAUGCUGCACACAAACACUCUGUAUUGUUUCCUCUGCUAUGAUAACAUAUGCACAAUGCCUGCUGAAUGUGCAUCGCAGACAUUUGAAAGGGACCAUGUACCAUGUCUGUCUUAAGCAGAGGGCUAUUUUUUAUCUAGUGUAAUUUGAUUUUGGUGGAAAAAAGAGAGCUUAUUCAAAUGAUCAACAGGAGAACAUGCCAAACUAAGCGCUCCUUUCAACCAUUUUUUGUAAUCAUACACUUUUUACUUAGGAAGUGCAAUGUUAAAAGUGUGCAAUAGUAUCGCUGUGUAAUGUCCACAUUGUGAGAAGCUGCAGUUUUUGCAGCUCUGUACUAUAGCUUGCAAAGUUAUAUGCAUCGUUGGUGUUUCUCAAGGUGGCCCUGCAGCACGUCUUGAACAAGGUCAGAAAAUGCUGAUGAUCAGCAGUUGGGACUCCUCUGAAGGAAUGAGCCAAAGAUUAUGGUAGUAAACUUGCAAUAACUUUAAACAUUAGCUAGAAAUUGCUCACUCACUUCUUGACAGACACAGCCAUUGGAUUAUUUGAGCACUGUGAGCUGCAUGGCCAUGCAGCCACCACAGAAUGAUGCAAUGGGCCCAAGCUAUGCUCCCAGCGCUAGAAUUACACGCAAUGCUGAAUUACACCAUUGCGCUAGCUCAAAUCACGCUGAGAGUGAGCUGUGCGUUCAGAAAUACAAAAGAAAGAGCUCAAGUUUAUGAUGCAGGCUGACGUGUGGACAUGGCCUCUUGCCUUGCAGCUUUCAAGGCAUGCGAUAAGUUUCUGUAACUCUGCUCCUACUCUAUGACUUCUAAAAGCAUUUUUGGCUGUUGAUUCAUGGGUCAAUAUGCCCUGAUAGUAAGCUUAUUGAAUGAUAACUUAGAAAAGUGCUCUUAGGUCCUUUAAUGUUAUGUGUAAACAAUGUAGAAAGUAUACUUAAUGAAUUGUUUUUUCUUAUGUCACCACUGUGCCAGAAGAUUCUGGAGUCAGUCAUAUAGUUUUAAGCCUACAUACUGGCCUUAGCUCUAGUGCUGUCCAUUACCGAGGUUUUGCUUGAUAUACAAGGUUCACAUUAUUGCAGAUUAUGGCAAGAGCAAUAGGGAGUGAAGGACUUUACUUCAAGGUGAUAUUGAGAUGUUUCUAGCUUUCAUUGUACCUUUUUUCUGUGUUUUUAGUGAUAAUGUCAUUUGAUUUUGCAAGUGUUUGUUUUCUUCAGUGAAUUCUGCAGGCAUAUGGCGUCCUUUCUCAAGAAGUUCUUUGUAGAGUGCCGCAUACUCGUGAUUGAGCUGGUUGGGGGAUUUCGGUGUGUGAACAAGUGCCAGCUUUAGCUGAAUGAGUGGUGCAGGUGGAGAAAUUCAACACUAUUUAAUUGUCACUGCCUGCGAAACGGCACGUAGAAAGUACUAACACUACUCUUAUCCUUUUAGGGAAAGUGUCACCUACUUAAUGCCAAUUGGUUUCAAGGCAGUGAGCUUACUUUGAAAACUAACGGCAGCAGGAUCAGCUCAGAAUAGCAUGCUUUUGAUAAAGUUGCAGCUAGAUUACUUUAGGCAAGUUGUUGUCAUAUUUCUGCUGCCAUUAUAUUUUUUCGACAGCAUGGUCUGCUGUUUCUUAGACCAACUGCGUAAUGCAGCUCAAAAUGCAGCAUACAUUUCACACAAAAUGUCGUUGACAUUUUUUUUUUGUCAAGUGUCCAUUUAUCUUGCCAUAUGAGCCACUUGUGGUGGUGACGUUUAACUAUCAAGUCAGAAAUUCGGGAGGAGGCAGGGAGGGGGGAAGGGUUAACGCUACUAAGUUAAUAUAUGUUCAUGUAUAUGUGUGCGUGUAUACAUAUAUACUCGUGCAAAACUAAAAACUUUGGAGGGGUCGGGGUUUGAACCCUCCCUACCUCCCCCCCCCCCCCUAGGCUACACCACUGAAGUUACGAUUACAGUGGAGUAUACUAAUAGUGAUUAGCAGGGCACACUUUGGUGCGUACUGCUGUGCCGUGUCAUGCAAUAUUAGUUGGUGCAAAGUUGUUGUAGUUUUUUGCCAUUACUUCUUAUCAACAUGCUGCAUGAUGCUUUUGUAGGGAGUAGGAGAGGUGUAGGAGAGGUUUUUAGUGAAUGGCCUUUUUUUAAUUGCCAGCUGUUAUUGUUAGGUGAUACCCUGUUUCUUCGAACAAAUUCAGUGAUGUCUCAUCCAGUUUUGUGAAGAAGUCUGAUUAGUAAAACUUCUAAAUUUAAUUAGAGAUAUAAGGAAAACCAGGUAACAUUAGAUAAAUAAUUGAUUCCUAUAAACUUAUUUCUAAAGUGAUAUGCAAUAGGCUGUGGGUAACUAUUUUAGUAAAACAAGGGUAAGGUCGGUUUACAUUCAUUGGUUCACAGAAUGUUGCUUAAAACCAGACUUGCAGUGAAAAUCAACUCUGUGGUAAUGAUGUUUGUUCUGAGAGUAAUGAAACACAUUCGUAUAGAGUGCUUUUUUUUUUUUGCUGCAGGAUCAGAGCACAACUUCGCAGUUCUGAAAAUGUUGUAGAAUGUAAGCAUGUGAAGAUAUUAUGAACACUUAAGUGCUUUAUAAUAGUGUAGAGAAGACAGAUUCGUGAAAUGCCUUGCAUUCAGGUGUUUUUAAUCAAUGACGGGGUGUUAUUGCAUGGAGUGCUUUACUUGGUGCAUUUUCUCAGUGACUGUUGCCUCCGUGAAAUACUGCAAUUUAACCUCUUCCCUACUGAGCUUUUGUCCAGAAAUUAUACAUUGCAAGUGCAUGCUUUGACAAAGUGGCUGACUGGGCUAGUUGGUUUAGCAUACUUGAGGUGUAUUUUUUUGCACUGUAACCUAAAGCAUGCUUUUGAGCCUGUUUUUAUUUCUUUACUGUACCAUCUGUUCAAGCAAAAAAGAACUCAACAAUGUGCAUUAGAGUAGCUAUAUUGCUUGAACGAGCCCAGCUCAUCCUCAAUGCGGAAAGGGUGAGAUGACUAAACAAUACUGGUAGCGUGCGUACGUUCUGAGCUGAUAUCCUUCACAAUAAUUUUAGUUUUGAAUAGUAUUUGUAAAAUUUCAAAAGCGUAUUGUCGAUUAGAAUAUGAAUGAAAUGGCAGUUACUGUUCUAUUCCUAUCUGAUAAUUGAAAUGCUCACGCACCUCGAAAAGUUAUUUGUUUUAGCCUUUUGUAUAGUGUUGUCACAAGUGUACAAGUAGGUGACUCUGUUAGAACAGCUGACGACAUGCUAACAAAUUAUUGAAAGCACCAUCGACGCCACCUUCUGGUAAACAUGUGCACAAUCAUGAAUGUCAAAAAAAUGCCGUGAAGACCCAGUGCAUGUUCGUCUUAUCGAAAACGUGGCUUUUGUUUCUUGUAGCGUGGUUUGAGGCAGUCAUGUUUCAAGGUAAUGCAGUUAUGUGAUCAUUGCAUUGCCGAGAGUGCGUAGCGCGUGCAUUCGAUGACCCAGAAUUCGCAAAAAGGUGCUCAACUCCUUUUAGUACUUAUGGUAAUAUUGUUUCAAAUAUUUUUAUUAAAGCAGGCUGGCAACUGGCUUCCAGAUGAUAUGGAAUCGGUAGGAAAUGCGUAUGAAGCAAAGAAGAGCGUAAAGAGAAAAACGUAACACAAAAAGAAUGACUGGGAAGGAUAGCUAAAUACUAAAGGCACCCAGAAAGCACAGAUAAAGCUAGUAAUUUUAAAGAACUUUAAAAAUUUUGCCAGACACAGGUGCAAAAAAAAAAGAAAUUGGCAAAAUAGUGAUACAAGCUCAUAAAAAUAGAGGCAAUUGUCUCACCUGCAUAGAAAAACAGACUAACUGAAUCAGUCUUAUUGUCCUAUAGUAUACCUUGUUUUAAACUUGUAAUUGAAGCCUGUGUACAUUAGGAAAACUAAAAAGAGCUUUCUGUGCUGGAGGACAGUGGUAGAGACACACCUCCUAAAUGGACACAAGUUCACGGCAAGUUGCAAGCUUUGGGCUUUUGGUAUGUACACCUAUGCACUCGCUGAUAGUGCCUGUGGUUAUCAACAGACAGUGCACAUAAUGCGAAGUAUACUGCUUUGGGCAAUACCACUUUGCACUGUUCCCACAUUCAUGGCUAAUGUGUGCUGUUGUCAUUCCAUUUAGUUAUGCUAUGUGCCGUUCUUUGUAGUGUCAACAUUUACAAACCAAGCUAGUUGGCGCCUGACUAAGAUACAUCAUACAUUUUCGAAAAUUGUUUGUCCACUAGACUGUAAGCUUCCUACGCUAUAACGCUUGUCAUUUUUGCACAUCCUCUUUCUCGUAUAGAUAAAAAAGGUGCUCAUAGCAGGAAAAUUCCUGGUGGCUAGCUUUGAAUGAGAACUGUGUACAGUUGGAGCUAAAUAUUAUGAAUGCAGAUAUAUCAAUUAUUAUUGAAUAUAACCUAUUAUUAGCACUCGUAUAAUCAAUUAUAAUUCUUCAUCAAGUAAAUAAUUAAAUUAAAAAAAGUGCAUGUAGAAAACAACCAGCAUGUCAUUUUAAGAAGACUGAACUACUGUAGAAUCAUGCGGGUACUUGUGUUCGUACAGGUGUAACCUUCAUGUUCGUAACAGAAAGUUAAUAUCAGUCAGUUCACUGAAUAAGCAAACCAGAGUGCACAUAAAAUACAUUGGUUAUGCAGUGGCUCAUGAGCAAGUAGUGCAAUGAAAAUUUAAGCGUGAGAAAAGAUGUAUUUAUAUCAAACUUGCACACCACUUAAUUACCGUUUAUGUGCAACUGUGAUAUGUCAGGCUUGUUUCACCCCUGUAUUCUUACACAAGCUUCAAUCAGUGCAUCCCUCACUCAGUCAAGCUGAGCCCAGUGCGAGCAUUUGUCUGAAUAUUAUGGCACGCAUUUUUAGGAUUGCUGGGCUGCAUUGAUAAAGUUGAGUGACCACUUUUGUCAAAGUCAGGCAUUGCCGUGAACUUUAUAGAGUGUAUGAAUGAGUGUAGAAAUGCGGAGCACUGGGUGUUUUGAAUGUGGGGCUGUUCCUGUGCCAAAGAGCAUGCUAAGUCACCUAAUAUUUCUUGGUUGCUGUCCCUGAACACCUUUGUACCUGACACUGACAACUUUACCAAUUUUCGAAGUACUUUUUGAAUCCUUUACUGUGCACAAUAACGUUAAGGAGAGAGGGUUACUUGUGAGUAAAUACGUGUUUUCUGAAGUGCGGUGUAUUUACACAUUUUGAUAUUCAAUAAAAUUUUUUCUAACAGAA